CAAGACCUCUGAAUGGCCAAGCACUUGAGAGAAACCCAAUCAUAAACGCCGUUAGAUAGUAGUUUGUUUAUCGACAAGAUGGCGGAGCUUCAGAAAAAACUACAAACAGAAGUGGAAAAGUUUCAAGCUGUUCAAAAAGAUUAUCAAAAACAUGUGAACCUUAGGCAACAGCUUGAUGCUCAGUUGAAUGAAAAUUCUUUGGUGAAAGAGGAGCUUGAUCGAGUGGAAGAUGGUGCCAAUGUAUUUAAAAUGAUUGGCCCAGUCUUGGUGAAGCAGGAUGUGACAGAAGCCAAACAGAACGUGCAAAAAAGAAUAGAUUACAUUAAAGGAGAAAUAAAAAGACAUGAAGGUGCAAUUAAGGAUUUGGAGAAGAAACAGGAGAGUCAGCGUGAGGCGCUGUCCAAACUUCAGCAGCAGUUACAACAGCAACAGGUCAAAGCUGCAGCCCGCUCCUAGUUCUAUUUUAACAUAGUUAAUCAAUUAAACCCUUAAAGACUGCCAGUCAUUGGUCAUUGUCAUGUGAUAUAAACAGACUUUUGUUCCGUUUUCCAUGUCUAUUAUACUUUGGUUACAUGUAUGAUAUGCAAUGGCAGUUUCCAUUUUUUCAUGAACUUACUCUUUUAUCAUGUGGAAUGAACAAAGAUAUAUGAUGUUGCUAAAUGCUAUGUAUACUGUUCUUACGCGGGAUAGAAAUAAAAUACAAAUUGAAAUUAUUAUACCCACAUUUUUCUGAACUGUAUUUAGAACAUGUCAAUUUAAACUUGUUAAUCAACAUUACCAACAGAAUCUCCUAUGCCUUAUUUGAAUUUUGAUAAUGAAACAAUUUAUGAGAACGCUUUAUUUGUAUGUAAAUUAAACUAGCAGAAAAAUUA